GUUCCAUUGUCUCCCUCAGUGCUCCUUCGCCCAUCGCACUGACUGGCUUCUCUCCUCCUUUCCUCCUCCGGCAGUUCUCCUCUCUCCUCCGGGAAAAAAAGACACACUCGCCGCGGUCGUCUGCUGCUUUACCGAGCACUUUAAGGCAACACUCGCGUCUGCCCUGCUGCUCCAAGCAGAAAAGAAAAACAGCCGUUCCUUCUCCUUCUCGGCAAGAGACGCCAUGGGGAAACAGAACAGCAAGCUGGCCCCUGAGAUGCUGGAGGACCUGGUGAAGAACACAGAGUUUAACGAGCACGAGCUCAAGCAAUGGUACAAAGGCUUUCUAAAGGACUGCCCCAGUGGCCGUCUCAACCUGGACGAGUUCCAGCAGCUCUACGUAAAGUUUUUCCCCUAUGGUGAUGCAUCAAAGUUUGCCCAGCACGCCUUCCGGACCUUCGACAAGAAUGGAGAUGGAACCAUCGACUUCAGGGAGUUCAUCUGCGCCCUGUCCAUCACAUCGCGAGGCAGCUUCGAACAGAAACUCAACUGGGCCUUCAACAUGUACGAUCUGGAUGGAGAUGGCAAGAUCACACGAGUGGAGAUGCUGGAGAUCAUUGAAGCGAUUUACAAGAUGGUGGGCACCGUGAUCAUGAUGAAGAUGAACGAGGACGGUCUGACGCCCGAGCAGCGGGUCGACAAAAUCUUCAGCAAGAUGGAUAAGAACAACGACGACCAGAUCACGUUGGAGGAGUUCAAAGAGGCAGCAAAGAGUGACCCGUCCAUUGUAUUACUGCUGCAGUGCGACCUGCAAAAAUGAGGCCGGCGUCUGGGGGAACGCCACAGGACUGCACAGAAGAUUAAUGUUCCAUUCAGUUUGCAGCUAUUUCCACUGAUAAAAAAAAAUUGCUUGGACUACCUUUCAAUGGAUCCGCUUCCUGUGUUUGAAACACUUGUGUGCAUGAGAAUGUUCUUUGCUAACAAGUUUUACACAUGCACGCACACAAACACACACAUAUACAGACACUACAAGCUCAUACACACAUACAGAACAUGUCACGCACAAAUAGAGUUAUACAAAUAUAAAUAU